ACAGUUUUAAAGUGAAGUAAGUAACAGCUAGCUGUCUUCUACAGGCUGAGUUGAAACUCGGAGUCAACGCUAAACAAAAUCACACAACAUGGGUGGCAAAAAUAAACAAAGGACGAAAGGGAAUGUUCGGCCAUCCAGCAGUGGCAGAGCUGCCGAACUCUUAGCUCGGGAAAAUGGAGUGGUUCCUGGAUUUGUUGGAUUUGGGAUUUCGGCCUCCAACGACCCGGGAUACGUGCCUGCGGUCCACGGCGCUGAGGAAAUAGACAACCUGGUGGAUGCUGAUUUCCGUCUGGUUUUACGGAAAUUGUACAAGCGAGAUGCAGUCACGAAACUGAAGGCUGUACAAGAAUUUGGAGCAAUGUGUCACGAGCGUGAUUCAGACAUAGUGAAAGGAGUUCUUCCAUACUGGCCACGUAUAUACUGCAAAAUAUCAAUGGAUCAUGACAGACGAGUUCGAGAAGCCACACAGCAGGCAUUUGAACAGCUGAUCCUGAAAGUCAAGCGUAACCUCGCCCCGUAUCUGAAGGCGAUAAUGGGCCAUUGGCUCAUAGCUCAGUGUGACACAUAUUCCCCUGCUGCCUCUGCUGCUAAUGUUGCCUUCCAGGCUGCUUUCCCCCUCAACAAACAGCCAGAGGCUCUCAGCUUCUGCAAAGAUGAAGUGCUGACCGUGCUCCAAGACAAUCUGCUCAAGGAAACAGCUGACACACUCACUGACCCACAGAGCGUACCAGAAGACGAGAGACAGGCAAAAUAUGUGCGUGUGCUGACCAGCUCGCUGCUGGCUCUCAAGAAACUGCUUGUGUCCCUGUCCACGUCUGAUCGUGAGGCUCUCAGCCAGCGGCUCGCUCACAUCAUCUCACAGGCGAAAUUCUGGAAGUACAGCAAACACAAAACCCCACAGGUCAGAGGGGCGUUCUUUAAGGCGGUAGCUGCGCUGUGUGAACUCGUUCCUCAGCUUGUUCAGACCGAAGCAGCUCGAGUUUGUUCUGCCGUACUCCUCAGUAUCGAUGACUCGGACCCCGUCGUGUUGCCGCCGCUGUGGGAAGCCGUUCUGCACGUUAUCUCCAGCAUACAGGACUGUUGGACUCACGCAAAUGCUCGGAAGGGUGUGCUGCCCAAGCUAUGGGCUCUGUUAAGAGAAGGGGGACGGGGCCUGGCCACCGCCCUGCACCCCAACAUGCUUCCAUUUAUCAGCAAACUGCCAGCAGAGGUCAUUGAACCCAAGCUCGACUUCUGUAGCACAUUCUUCUCUUCCAUUAUACAAGGUCUUUCCAGCGAGCGUGCACUAGUCAGCCCGUCAGAAUGCGCAGCCAUUGUCUUUUCUACCAUGGAGUGCCUCCGUUUUCUUCUGCUACAGAAUGUGGGAGAGGAGCCAGAGCAGCGAGCCAUCCAAAACAUGCUCAUCUCCGAGCACCUCCUGCCUUUGAUAGACAAAUCUCUUGGAAGCUGUGCCUUGCAAAGCGGGCCUCUGUUCCCUCAGAUCACUGAGAUGCUAGUCUCAUGGGAGAAGCGAGCAGACGGGAACGAGGCCGCCACUUUCCUCAGACUUCUGGCAGAUUUCUGGGAAGAUUUGGGUAGCCUCUGUGUGCGCUAUGUGGACCACGAGGAGCAACAGGUUGAGCAGGUGGUGCUACAGGGCAUUGCCACACUGUUGCAGAUCAUGCAGAAUCCAACAAGCUACUGCACCAAGCAAGGGAAGAGAAAGAAAGCUGUAAAGGUCUGCUUCUCUGAGGAGGAGGUGAAAGGACAAGUGGAGGAAAACCUGAGCCAAACUCCAGAGGUGGAAACCUUACAGGGGCAGGAGAAGCAGUAUUCUCCCCUGAGGAGCAGCCACCUGUUGGAGCUGGUGUGCCAGCUGGCUGAGCUGAACAUGGUGUAUGUGACUGAGCGCGAAUCGGAGAGGCAUCUGCACUUCCUGGCUCUGUUGUUGCAGGCUUUCCCAAAGGCCCAGGUGUUCCAAGGGCUGCUGAGACCAGACGAUGGAAAGACAGAGGUGCAAUUGGAGGCUGAGCUGUCAGAAAAUCCAGCCACCCGUUUCCUUCUGCAGAGGGUGAUGGUGUGGCUCAGGCAGGACGACAGGAAAGACACAGAGUUCCUGGUGGACAUGGUGUUCAGUUCUUUGCAAUGUUGCAGCUCGAAUGCAGAGCAGACACUUGUACUCGACCACAUCACCGUGGAUUUAAAAUGGAGUGUUAUUCUGCAGAUUAUCCAAAAGGCAUGUGCUGAUGCUGGGCAUUUGGAGCUGUGCGCAGGGUGGUUAAGAGGAUCUGUGUUAGGUGAGCGUAUGGUAAGACUGGCUGGUGAGCUGUGUGCGGCGGGGCUGAAAGGUUCUCCUUACACGUCAUCUGCCUUGGACCAACAUAACCACAGCUGGCGCCUCAUUAGUCUGGCCCUAUCUCAGCAGCUUGAUGAUGAGUCUCUGAUAGGAAAGGUGUACGUAGAACAGAUCAUUGAGAGGCUUCAUGCUACACUGUCUGAGGCGAAGGGCAUGUCUGAUGCUGGCAACAUGGAACCUCUGGUCUCCUUCAUAUCCAACGUAGCCUUUAACUUCUUCUCAUCAGUAAAAGGCUGUCUCCUGCUGGCUGCCGCCGAAGACCUGCUGCUCUCUAUCUUCCAGCUGUGUGCACAGGAGCAGAUGAUAACGCACCUCUCGGACACUCUGCGGGAGAAGCUGAAAAAUGCAUACACUGUUGGAGUGCACUCAUUGGUCACGCACUUGGGGGCAGGUGUCACAAAGGGUACCAUCCUCCACAGUGCUGCAGUCUGGGUUAAAAUCCAACUUCUCACCUCUCCUCUCAAUGUGAAAAGUCUGCAGGUUCUGGUGCAGGCGGUGCAGAGCUUAACUGACACUCUAGCCCAGACGAGUGGCUGUCUACUCUCUCAGUUCAUCACCUGCCUUACUCCAACAACUGAGGAGUGGGCCAAGCUCAGAGAAGCCCUGCCACCUCAGUGGGUGAAGCGGUCCUUGCUGUGUAGGCAUUUUAGAGCAAUUUGCUCGUGUCCUGGGAUGGAGGUGUGGCAGGUGAGGGGCUUAAACACACUCCCCGCACACCUGUGUGUCAGUGCUCUUCUGGGCAAGAUAAUCUUCACUGCAGUGCCAGCUGAUGAACAGCAGGAGGAGACAGACACCUCUGAGUUCUCUGAUCUUGGACACACCGGUGCAGAAAUUCUCUACGCACUGCAGUGGUGUGAAGAGAUGGAACGUUGCCCUGGCUCAUUGUCCGACUAUCACAAAAUGCUUCAAGACUGGGACCUGGUUCAGAAAGUGCACACAAGCAACUCGGAUAAAGUCGCCGUUUUGGAAACACUCUUCACAAGGUCGCGAGAAGAUUGUGCCCUCUGGUCACUGACUUUGGCAAACUAUAUUCAGAAUAGCAAAUCAGCUGCCAGUCGCAUCACGAGUCUCUAUGAUAACGUGGAAUGUUUCUACCCUCUCUCAGAGCAGAACGUGAGCACUAUACAGGUGCUGUGUCCAUAUAUGACUACUACAGAGAGAGAAGCACUCAUCGCGCUGUCCAUUGCUGAAUUGCUCAACUGGCAGGAGAAUGAACAAGAUUGUGCACAAAGUGUUUGGGCAUGCCUAGCGGUGCUUGACUGUUGUCUGCAGGCUGCAACUCCUGUUGAAGAAGAGAUUCUGCUGGCUGUUAUGGCCACCAUGCUCGAGUGGCGCAACAGCAAAGAAGAAUGGUUUCUCUUUAACAGUGACCUGGGGAAAGCAUCUGCUGCACAGCUGGCCCUGCCUGUGGAGAUGAUGCGCUUUCUAUCUCGGCUGGUGAAUCAUUCUCCCACAGUCCUCGGCAACACUCACUGGGACUUCCUACUGUGCUCCAUGCUGGCCUGGCUGGAGACUGCCAGUGAGAGCAGCAGGGCCUUCUGGAACCCUUGUGUGCAACAGUUUGUCCAGGCUAACUGUGAGCUGAUUGUCACACUGAAUGAGUUCUUCACAGCACCACCUGCUGGUGUAAUGGAGCAGCUGCCCCCUGAUCUCAGCUCCGAAUGGCAGGAGUUCUUCGUGGAGGGAAUCCACAAUCUGCUACUGCCUCUACUGAUCAAGAUUCCCAUGGAGUUUUCUGAGCCAGAUGAACCGAUGUUCCCAUUGGCUGUGGUGGAGGCGGCGGGUGAAGCUCUCGGGCACAUUCCUGUCCAGCUGCUCACACACAACACACUCCCAGCUCGGUUUGUGGCCGACCAGAGGAGCAGUCUGUCUGAUGCCCUGCAGACACUGCUGAACACACUCACACCGCUGCUGUUGUUCAAGAGCCGGCCACUGCAGCUAGCUGUCUACCACAUGCUGUACAAGGUAAUGCCUUCCCUACCAGAAAGUGACAGCGAAGGCGCCAGCACCAAAUCUGAAGAUGAAGACGAGGAAGAGCCAUCCUUGUCUCCUCCGGCUGCGAUUAUGAGUAUUGUCACAGCCACAGAGGAGCUGGUGGAGAAUAUUUUGGUUAGUGUAGAAGUGGGCGAGUUUGCUGUUGUGCAACCUCUCAGCAUGGAGCACUGUUGCAUCCUGGGAUAUCUGUUGGCCUGGAAACUCCUUCUCAUCUUCUUUAAGGCUGCACCUUCCCAGCUGCGUGUUCAAUACUGCCUGCAUUUAAAGAAGACUCGUUCACUGCAUAAGCUGCUGCUGCACCUGUUUCGGCUCAUGCCGGAGAACCCGACACUGCCUGGGCAGGUGGCAGAAACGGCAAGCAGAGAGCCCAAAAGCUUCUUCACUGAGAGCCUGUCUCUCUCGCUGCAUCAGAAGGACGACUUGCAGUCUGAGGUUCCACACUUGGCCUGCUCUGUGUACUACAGCGCUCUGAAGGAUCUGCCUGCAAUGGUGCGUCUGUGGUGGAACAGUCAGGAGAAGCGUGUGGUUAGCACUGUGGAUAAAUUCACCAGCAAAUAUGUGAGCAGUGUGCUAUCAGCGCAGGAGAUUGCCUCAGUGCAGUCCAGCACGCAGACCUUCGACAGCAUGACGGUCAAAGCUCGCUCUGCCACACGGGAGGUGAUCGCGACAUACUCAGUGGAUGAUAUUUUUAUUGAGCUAGUGAUCCAGCUGCCUCAGAACUACCCGCUGGGCUCCAUUACUGUAGAGAGUGGCCGCAGGGUCGGUGUCGCAGUGCAGCAGUGGCGCAAUUGGAUGCUGCAGCUCAGCACCUACCUUACACACCAGAACGGCAGUAUAAUGGAAGGUCUGUCUCUGUGGAAGAACAAUGUGGAUAAGCGUUUUGAGGGAGUGGAGGACUGCAUGAUUUGUUUCUCCGUCAUCCACGGAUCCAACUAUUCACUUCCUAAGAAAGCCUGUCGCACCUGUAAGAAGAAGUUCCACUCUGCUUGUCUGUAUAAAUGGUUUACAUCAAGCAAUAAGUCCACAUGCCCCCUGUGUAGGGAGACCUUUUUCUAAACUCCAUCACGGACAAAUGAUUGAAUUUUGAACAUGGACACAAUGGGGAAAAAGAGCAAGCAAAAAAUAUUCGGCCUAUAACAUAAAUCAUUUUGAGUGAGACAGAAGUUGUUCUGGUCAGUGCAGCCCAUUUUAGUGAUCGUGCAGGCACUGGCCUUUACACCUCUCUCUCCUCACUGAGAAGAAUGAUGAACAAGACUCAAUGAAAUGGCAUGGAUUAGACCUAUUUACUCAGACCAGAGAGACUGACACUGCAUCCAAGCUGUCUGUUCCAUGGAUCGGGCUGGACUGGACUGGACCGCCUUGUUGCAUCUCUUUAAUUUUGUUUUGCAAAAGGACAAUGUUCCUGAACCAAGAUGCUUCGUUGCAUAUCCUGUUAUCACAUGGAGCUGAUAAAGGAUUGUCAAUGACAUCAUUUUAAAGUAAUCUUUAAUUUCAUACAUAAAGCUGUUUUCACUGAAAUUGGCCUGGAUAUCAGAAUAUUGUGUGGUGCUAUGCUAGGGACCAUGUUAAUCAAUUGUAUAGAACCACUUAAUUUUCUGAUUUAUAGUAAAAUUGUUAUAUUAUGUUUCUGCAGUCAUUUGCAUAGACUCUUACUUCCUUUGUUCCUUCCUACUAAUGUAAGGCUCUUAAUGCAAUCGACCCAUAUUAAGUCAGACAUUUACAGUGCUUUUAUCUUCUCUCCAAGGGUGUAAUAAAUCGAUUGUUAAUUAUAAUAACAGCAUUGGUGUUAGCAAUAUAUGACUUAUGUAAAUGCUGCCAAAAAGUCAUUCAUGCUUUAUCCUGGUCAGGGUCAUGAUGGAUCUGGAGCCUGUCCCAGGAACACUGGGCAUGAGGCGAGAAUAUACCCCACACACACAUUUGCACAUUCGUUCACACCUACCUUUUAGUGUAUCCAGUCCAACUGCCAGCAUGUUGUUGAGAGGAAACCCACACGGACGAUAUGCGAAAUUCACACAGAUAUAGAACAACACACAGAACAUAGAUGAAGUUGAGAUUAAAGCUAUGUUGUUCCAAGAAACCAUGAUCAUAACAAUAAUGUAGCAUUUGAAACCAACCAUGCAUGUAUUAUUUUGUCCACUCGCUACAACUAUUGUCCUCUGGAAGUGUGUACAAAAUAUACUCCCUGGUGGUUUUGACAAAUGUGUUCUGGUGUAAAAGUUCUUUGAAGCAAAAAGAAAAAGCAACUGUUCUGGAGGCCUUUAUUGGAGGAGUGCAUUUUUUUUUGUGUGUGUGUGUGUUUUUUUUAAAUGAUUUCCCCCUCUCCCCAGUGUAAACCCAACAGGAAAUAGUGAGAGGUGACAAGAAUUUGUGAUUAAAUCACAGCUGAACAAUCUGCUGAAUGGUAAAUAUUUAAUAGAGGUCAUCAGUGAGGAUCAGUGUGCCAGAUAAAUAAAUAAGAUAAAUAAACA